AUGGAAGACCACAACUCUUGUGGGGAAUCAGUUAAUCCUGCAUCCCUCUCAACAAGCAACCUACUAAUUUUGCACACUGCUGAGGCACAGGAAUGGGCAACAUAUCUGCAGCAGAUCCUACGGAAAUCCUCUAAGAUGUUCCACAAAAACGCAGUUUUGCUUUACACUAUCGGCCCAACUGAUGAGCUCCAUGGAUACAACUUCGACCGUUUCCACACUUUCCACUGUGUUAUGUUGCUCCUCACUGGGGCAUUCAUAGACCUCAUGUCCGAGCCUGAGCUGCAGAGAGCCCUUCAGACGCUGCUCCGUCCAUCACAUAGAGUUGUGGCGCUGUUGUGUGGCGUGUCUGAAGAAGACAUAAUGAUGGUGGAUGGCUUUGAAGACUGGUCCAGCUGGAAGAAAUUGCACGCUGAGGAUGAAUCCUCUGUAUACGUCUCCAGCAUUUUGGAAACCAUCACUAACAGCAGGCUACAGGUUGAACAUGAGAACAAAGGCAAAGCUUCAGAACAGCUGCAUGUCGCAGGAGGCUGCGCAACAAGAGAUCCCAACACCGAUCAAAAACAGGAAGUAAUGACAGAAGAGUGUCAAAAAAUAACUUGGAAGGAUGAUGAACGUAUGAUUGCGGGUUUUUCAGUAAGCCAAGAAAUAAGAACGCAAUCACAUAUUGAAUGCCUCACUGUCCAACCAACCCGACUUCUGACUGGGGUGGAGCACACAAUUUUCAUCAUCUUUAAUGAAAAAAUAGAUGAGCUCUCAUCACCAGAAGUGGAGUUUUGUUCUGAAAAUAACACACACAAAACAGUUCCAUCCACCCUCGUGAAUGAGUACACAUUAAGUCUUACUGCACCCGAAAUGCCUGCAGGGGUGGUGUCACUCACUCUGUGCUCAAACCAAUUGCGUACAAGCUUGAAGUGUGUUACAUACCAUACCAACAUGGGAGAAGUCAGCCGCUGUCUUGAAAAUGCUGCCGAUCCCAUAAAUUUCCUCUGCCAGGCUUUCGAUUUGACGUCCAAUUCAGUCGAGUUUUUGGACAACAUCCUAGUUGACUCAAUAAAAUCCAAAAUGCCAGCACCUGGUCUUCAGCUGUUUGGAAUGAGACAGAUAGAGGAACAAAAUAUGGCGGCAUAUAACCGCAAUGAGGAACUUCCCACACUGCUCCACUUUGCUGCAAAGUACGGCCUAAGGAAGCUGAUAAAUUUCCUCCUUCAGAUUCCCGGGGCGUUACAAGCUUGCAGUGUGAUGAAUAAGAACGGAGAUUAUCCAAACACGUUGGCAGAAAAGAGUGGCUUCACAGAUCUCCGACAGUUUAUCGAUGGAUUUGUUCAGACUGCAGCUACGCUUGAAUCUUCAAGUGCCAACAACCAAGAUCUAAAUGAGGACACUGAAGACUAUGAAGUGAUGACAGUCAGCAACAGCUCAGGGUGUCCUAGCGACAUGUAUGAGUCAAUGCUGGGCAUAAACCCUGAAUGUGCAGAUGACUUAUAUGAAGUGAUGAAUUCAAUAGGUGAAAAUCCAGAGGAAGCUAUGUUGAGGACGUUUUUUCAAGGUAAACAAUCAGCAAAACUUCAAACCAGUGUAGUCCAGGAUGAAGGAAAUCAAAUCCAAAACAUCAAUCUGAAUGAAACUGACGAUGACUUUGACCCAUACAACACCUCUAGUACAGACAUAUAUGAUACCCUGAAUGAAAAUAAUGUAGCGAUCCUGUCUCGACCACCAGCCCCGAUUCCUAGACCUGAAAUUGAGCCUGAACCCGAGAAGCCAGUUACCUAUAUUUCAAGAGUCUUUUCAGAUAAAUCCAUGGUCCAAAGUCAUUACCUCUUUGCACCUGCAGUUCAUCCUGUGAUGGAAGCUCCCGUGCCUUUAUACGAACCUUUUGCUGGGAUGAAAACGCCUGGUCAGAGACAGCUUAUAACCCUACAAGAGAGGGUCAAAGUGGGAGAAAUUACUGUGGAUGAAGCUGUCCGUGAAUUCAAAGCUUGGCAGCUGGACCUUGAGAGUAGAGCAAGCUCAGUGCGCUAUCAACAGGAUAAUUUGAGACGAUUAAGAGAGAGCAUUAACAGGCGUCACAAUGAGAGAGACAAGACAGGAAAAGAGUUUGACUACAACAUAAGUGCUCCACUGCAGAGAAACUCUUUUUGGGGAGCUACUAUGACAUUGGAGUGUGCUGUAUAUGAUGGAUCGCCCAGAAUGUUGCCUCCAUCCUCCUCAGCAGCUCAGUGUAUCCAAAGAGGAAGCUGGAAGACAGGGAGCACAUCUAGUACAUCCAGUGGGUUUGACUGUACUGAGAGCAAUCGACUCAGCACUCACAGCAAUUUAAGCUACAGUAGCGGGACGGAUCCAGAUUUAGAGGACUCUAUAGAAAAUCUCCCUCUUCCAGCACGACCUCCACGACCUUCCGAGGCUGCUCCACUAAUUCCACCUAGAAUUCCUCCACGUAACUCACAAAGUGCGUCAGAUAAGAUGUUGCACAAGCGCUAUGUCUCUUCCCCACCCCUACUACCUCCUCAAAGACACAGCAAUUCCGCUCCACCUGUUCCACGUCGACGACGGUGA